GUUUCUUCAAAGAGUUAUUGGAUUAUCCAAUAAAGCAUUACAUCUAAAUAGUGUAUUAUGUAUUUGAGUGGGAUGUGCUCUCUGUGCAUAUAAGUUGAUUCAUGUUGUGAGAAAAUCUCAGUUUGCGAAUUUGUAUAAACAUACAACAAUGAAAGUGGUAAUUUUGCUAUUAGUACUAUUAACAAUUGUUAAUGGUAUGCCAAAACCUGAGGCGAAUUCGAAAAUUAUCAACUACGAAUACAACACAAUGUAUCUUGGAGGAGGUUAUAAAUAUGCGUUUGAGUCUGAUGAUGGUAUCAAAAAGGAAGAAACCGGAGAGAUCGUGAACGAGGGUCGUGAUGAUCAAUUUAUUAAAGUCACGGGUUCAUACUCUUACAUAGGAGACGAUGGUAAAAUGUACAUGGUGGUGUAUACAGCCGAUGAGAACGGCUUCCAUCCAUCACCACCAAAACCUUUUGCAAUGAGCAUAAGUUUUGCCUCACCUGCAAUACUAAAUUCGUUAAUUGGUGGUGGGAUCGGAAAAUAAAACAAAUUAUACACAUUUGAAUUUUUUUGUAAA